CACCAACUCCGUACAUCAUAGUCUAUUCUAUCCAGUCUUUACAGUUUCUGCCAGUGGUAGCAGGGAACUACUCCAUCACAGCGAGAAGAAAUCUACGACAAGUGCACUUUUCGUUCCAGAUAGAACAUAACCAGCCAUGGCUCCUGCAGAAAAGAAGGCUGCUGAGAAGGUUGAUGGAGGUCCUCCAGACCUGUCCAAAUAUGAAAACAUCAUCGAUCCCUCCACUUUCGAACAGAUCCUGGAGAUGGACGAUGACGACGAAAGGGAAUUCAGCAAGGGCAUUGUCUACGGCUUCUUCGAGCAAGCAGACAGCACUUUUGAGAAGAUGGAAAAGGCCAUAUCAAGGAAGGAUCUGCCCGAGCUCUCCCAGCUUGGUCACUUCCUGAAGGGCUCUUCUGCCACUCUGGGCUUGACCAAGGUGAAGGACGCUUGCGAGAAGAUCCAGCACUACGGAGCACGCAAAGAUGAGUCGGGUACCGUGGAGGAACCAGACGACAAGGUUUCCUUGGCCAACAUCAAGGAGACUCUGACCGACGUCAAGAAGGACUACGACGAAGUAGCCGACAUCCUCAAGAGAUUCUACGGCGAGAAGCCCUCAACAUCGUAAGCCCUCGACAUGAACCCACGAGAGGCCGGGUGCAGAGCAAUAAUCCUCACUACGGAGACUGCACCGUGCAACAACUAUAUCGCCUUGACUCUUCCGGAACAUUCCUCU